AUGAUAAAUUUAUAUAUAUAUUAUUUAAUAAUUAUUAUAUUUAUUUUUGGGUGUAUUGUUUUUAUUUCUAGACGAAAACAUCUUCUCUGUACAUUAUUAAGAUUAGAAUUUAUAGUAUUAAUAUUAUUUAUAUUAUUAUUUUUAUAUUUAAAUUUUAUAAAUUAUGAGAGUUAUUUUAGUAUAUUUUUUUUAACUUUUUGUGUAUGUGAAGGGGUAUUAGGGUUGUCUAUUUUAGUAUCAAUAAUUCGGACUCAUGGUAAUGAUUAUUUUCAAAGUUUUUCUAUUUUACAAUGUUAA